CCUUAGUUAACAUUGGUUUUUGGUCAUUUUUGCCUUUUUUUCUAUCUGGCUAGCUAAAUUGCUACGAUUCACAUACAUCUAGCUGAUAAUUAUGAAGUAAAACGUUUGCUUUGUAAAUAUGCUGUUUAGUCUCUAUUGUUGCCAUUGUCCUGGCUAGAAGAAGGUACAGUGAUUGGCGAGAUGCAGCGUGAGGUAAUACAGAAGGUAAUACAGCGUGAGGUAAAUCCACACUCUCGUCCUCACAAGAAUGUACUCAAGAGAACGUUCCUGGAAAAUGCACUCAGAGCAUGAGAGCGUGGAGCACGGUAGUAUGCAUAUUGAGAAACAUCCUGUGUGUACAGUUCAUGGUUAAUGGUAUAGCAGUGUGAGUCUAACAGCAUGCGGGCUUAUUUGUGUCUAUUGAUCUGACAGUGAUGCCGUGUGGAGGCCCAUCCCUCUCUCUGCGCCCCUUUUUAUCCUGUGAGGCCCAUGUGACCUAGCCAUCACCCAAACACAGGGGCCCGUGCCCGCCGCCGCUGGCACCCACCCAUGAAUCCCAGCCCUGACCGCGGCAAAGAGUGCCUCCCCCCAAAGAAGAGGGAGUUCCGGGAUGGCUCGGCCAACCAGCACCCCCCCCUGGACGAGUUCAAACCACCCGCCACGCCGCCCAGGACCCGGCCCUCAAGCAGCUCAGGGAGGGGGAAGGGGGGCAGGGGGAGCAGCGAAGAGGCUUUGACAAACCGCCACAGCCUGCUACCCUCUAUCCCACCCCCUCCCAUCCUCGUGUAUCCCCCUCCCUCUGCCAUGGCACCUGGCCUACCCCUCCUCCGUCCCUUUUCUCUUCCUCAAAGACCAGGUAGGGAAGAGGGAUGAUCUUCUCCCCACCCCCUUCCCCCAUCACUCCAGGUGUCUCCAAGGUGAAAUCCUGCCACCCUCCCCCUCCUCAUCCUCUUCCUCUUUUAAGAGCCCCUUCCCCACUGAAUCAAGAGACAUGUGGUCCUAUUUCAACACAGGCCGAAGGGACUACAGCUCCUCUCUUUUCUCCCCCUCUCACCUGUUCAGCCAGCCCUCCCUCUAUCCCCGUGACCACUCCCUGACUGAGGGCAGACACAGGUACCUGGGCAAGAGGCCCAACGGGCUGGAUGUGCCAGGCAGCAGGACUGCCUCUGCCUCUAGGGUGGCACUCCCCUCAGAAGAGUACAAGAACGAACCCAGCGGCAGUGCCAGGCUGUGCGGCAGCCCCCACGGUUCCCAUGCCAACGGGAGACGGAGACACCAGGAGGUUACCACAGGGCGUUUCGAGCAGUUUGCAGGUUUCAGAGAUUUCCAAGUGACACCUCAGGAGGGCCCUGACUCACAUUCCUCUCUGCAGGACAGGGAUCCCUGUGGGACACCAAAGGCUGGGAUUUCCACCCUGAUCCCCACUAGUCCCCAGCCCCAUGGGGCAGAGACCCGGGCAGGGAGAGGGGAGCUACUGGACCCCCUGGGGGGCUCUGUGGCGGAGGCUCAUGUCUACUACUCCCUGGCUUCUGUUUACUCCACCCUGCAGCCCAGCCAGCUCAGUACCCAGGCCCAGGCUCAGCGCUACCCGCUGUACAGCCCCUCAGGCAGCUCUCUGUAUGGCCUGCACACCAUGAGGAACUCACAGCACUCAACCCAGGGGCAGCCCAACAGCCACAGCACAGAGAAAGACAGAGAACGAGACAGACAACAAGAACAAGGGCCAGAAAGAGAGCCUGAAGGAGACAGAGACAUCAGAGAGAUAGACAAUCAAAGAGGCGGAAAUAAAGACAGCAGAGAGCUCUCUCCUGGGCAGCAGUACUCGCGUCCCCUUGCCUCCCCCUUCCUUCCCCACAUGACCGCCUCACCCCCUGCCCCCCACCACAUCCCCCCAGCGCUCCUACCUCACUUUGCCAAGGGUUCUCUGAUUGAGCUGGUGGGGGGUCGUUUGAAGCGUGUGGAAGAGCUGAGGACGGAGGACUUCCUGAGGAGUGCUGACACCUCCCCAGAGUUCCACCUGAGCACCUGCACCGUGCUGCUUAUCGGCCCCAGCAACACACACGGCUUCAACCACCUGCAGGUCCUUCUCACAGACAGCAACACUCAGGAGUUACUGACGGUUCUGGUGGAGUACCCGUUCUUCGUGCGUGACCGCGGCUGGUCUUCCUGCUGUCCCCAGAGAACCGCCCAGCUCUACGGCCUGUCCUGCCGCCAGCUCAGCGAGGGAGAUAUCUGCUUGGCCCUCACCCCCUUACACACACGCACAGUCCCCCGGGGCCACAGGACACACACCCAUGCCAGGGCCAGCACACACAGGGAGGAUAUGCCCCCUCCUCUCCCUCCUCCUCCUCUUCCUCAUCCCUCCCCUGCUCUUGUCCCUCCUCCUCUCCCUCCUCCCCCUGUAGACCCCCCCACCCAGGAGCAGCCACGCUCACGCAAGAGGCGAUGGUCAGCCCCCGACCUCCUUCCUCCCACCUGAACUACUGGGAU